UCGGCAUCUUCCUCGCAUCAACGCGAGGUGAUUGUGGUUUCCACGAUGAGCUCCCAGAAAGGGAACGUGGCUCGUUCCAGGCCUCAGAGGCACCAGAAUACAUUUAGCUUCAAAAAUGACAAGUUUGAUAAGAGUAUUCAGACCAAGAAAAUUAAUGCAAAGCUUCAUGAUGGAGUUUGUCAGCGCUGUAAAGAAUUUCUUGAAUGGCGUGUAAAAUACAGCAAAUAUAAACCAUUGUCAAAGCCUAAAAAAUGUGUUAAAUGUUUACAAAAAGCAGUGAAAGUUUCUUAUCACAUAAUGUGUAGACCAUGUGCCUGUGAACUUGAAGUUUGUGCAAAAUGUGGAAAGAAAGAAGACAUUGUUAUUCCGUUUAAUAAAGAACCAGAAAAGACAGAAAAUCCUGAAAGUAAUCUACGUUCCAACCCUAGAAGUUGCAGAAGAAAUGCAGAAGAAAGUGAUGAUGAUUUAGAUUUUGAUAUUGAUUUAGAUGACACAAAAGACAAUCAAGGGGAUUAAUAUAUUCAAAGUCAGUUUGAAAACAUGAAAUUCCGAACAACUUUUGACUUUUGAGGGUUUUACACAAAAAUACUGUGAAAUCCUAAUGAGAAAAUUAGCAAAAACCUAUAUAGAAAACAGGCAAAAUUCACACAUGGACUAUAUAACUUAUGCAUGAUACUUGGAUAAUUAUGAAACUUUCAUUUAGUGUUUUCUUACAAUACAUUUUUUAAAAAAGUUUUUUAAUGUUCAUUUUUGAGACAGGGAGAGACAGAGCACAAAUUGGGGAGGGCAAAGAGAGAGGGACACACAGAAUCUGAAGCAGACUCCAGGCUCUGAGCUGUCAGAAUAGAGCCCGACACGGGGCUCGAACUCACAAACUAUGAGAUCAUGACCUGAGUUGAAAUCAGACACUUGACCAACUGACUCAGCCACCCAGGCGCUCCUCUUAUAAUACACUUUUAAGUAGCAUAUGCCAGAGUACCUGCCAAAGUGAAUAUUAGGUUAUCAUAUUGCAGUUCAAGGGAAUUAUUUAGAAGAAUGUGCUACCUAAUAUCAAACUAAACAAGAUUCAGAAUUGUUACUUGUGUAAGAACUAUCUCAUGGAAAAAUCAGAUGAUAUAACUAUAGUGCAAGCUUCAAAAAUUGGUCCUCAGCACCUUUUGAUAGAUUGAUCCCAAGUAAAUGGCCCACAUAACAAAGUCCCUUUACUUAAAGUUUGCUUAUAAAGGACUUGUUAUUUAUUUUUUGUAAUAAUGUUUAAUAAGUGUAUUUAAGCAGUUUUUCUUGAAAGUAUCUUUACAUACUGGAUCACAUUUUUUAACCUUUCUUCUUUUGUGAAAUAUACAUACAGAAAAAAAUAUAUAAAAUACAUAUGUGUAAUUUAAUAAAUAAUUAUAAGAAAAGUCAUACAUCUGUCAUCCAGAUGAAGAAACUACUUUUAAACAAUAUAAAUUAGUUUUGUCUGAUUUUUAGUCUUUUUUAUCUUUUUAUUUUGAAAAACCUCAAACCCAAGGAAAACAGCAAACUAGUACAAUGAAACCUUGUGUAUUCUUCCCGUAGAUUCACAAUUGAUCAGUUACAUUUUCAUUAUAUCUCAUUAGGUAUUAGAUACAUAUUUUAUUUCCUGAACCAUUCGAAAAUAAGUGGCAGACAUUGGAUUUGAACUUUAUAUGAACAGACUUAUACAUGCAUGUUAUUUUGUAUCUCUUUAUAAUGAAAUAAAGAACAUGGAUGUGAAA